GGCGGCGAAACGUGCCUUUUUAUCAUAGUUAUUUUCAGAUAUCUUUCAAGUAACUAUGACCUAAUUUGGAGGUAAAUGAAGUAACAAUACUAUUCUUCGAGGAAAGAAUUUCUUAAAAUCACACACUGCUUCUUUUUUCUGAUUGGUAAGUUAUUAAGAACAUCACAAGAUGGAUGGUGGAAUAGCCACACAACCUCCACCUCAGCGUUUUUUUCAUAUGCCUCGGCUGCCACAGCACCACAGAGUGCAUUUCUACAGGCAUGCUAGCACACCUCCCGGAAUAUCGCUAUCGUUUGAUGGCAAGCGAAUGAGAAAGGCUGUACAAAGAAGAACGAUAGAUUACAAUGCAACAUGUAUAAAGUAUUUGGAGAAUCGUACAUGGCAGCGUGAUUAUCGUGAUAUAAGAGCCAUUCAGCCAGAUAACUCAUAUGGAACUGAUAUGAUGCUUCCGUGUGCUAUGGUGCAUAAUCCCAUCAAUGCUGUCACUACAAAAUUUGUCAGAACGUCAACCAAUAAAGUUAGAUGCCCUAUAUUUGUUGUGAGGUGGACACCAGAGGGUAGAAGAUUGGUUACUGGCGCUUCCAGUGGUGAAUUCACCCUGUGGAAUGGGUUAACAUUCAACUUUGAAACUAUUUUACAGGCUCACGAAUAUCCGGUACGUACGAUGACCUGGAGCCACAACGACAUGUGGAUGUUGACGGGUGACCACGCUGGCUAUGUCAAAUACUGGCAAUCAAACAUGAACAAUGUCAAGAUGUUUCAAGCUCACAAGGAACCAAUUCGUGAGGCAAGGUGGGAUUCCGUCAUGAUCACAACUCAACUAAUGAGUCAGUCAUAUGACGUGCUUUGUAUCAGUAGGACACACUACUACUACAUUCAAUAUUUAUUAUUAGUAAUAUCUGUGGCCAAUUAUUUCAUACAAAGUUUUGCCAAUGUGGGUCUUGACAAUAGCUUGGAACGAGUGAAGACCAAUCAUGGAAGCCUUGAUAACUGGAGAAGUCAGUUUGACAUAUCUCCGCAUCAGAAAUCCUCUAUUUCUUUUACCAACAGUUUCUGUCCAACUGACAACAAAUUUGCUACGUGUUCUGACGAUGGUACCGUCCGUAUAUGGGACUUCAUACGAUGUCAGGAAGAGAGAAUCUGCAGAGCUAUUGCUUGGCAUCCUAUUCAUGAAAAUUUAUUUUGUAGUGGUGGUUCUGAUGGUGCAAUACUUUUCUGGCAAGUUGGAAUUGAUAAAGAGGUAGGUGGGAUGGAACAAGCUCAUGAUGGAAUGGUGUGGAGUCUAGCGUGGCAUCCCCUGGGACAUAUCCUGUGUUCUGGGUCUAAUGACCAUACCACAAAAUUUUGGACGAGAAAUCGUCCAGGCGAUAAGAUGAGGGAUAAAUAUAAUUUGAAUUUACUGCCAGCGGGGAGCUCCAUAGAAGCGUUGGAAUAUGACGAUGAAUCAGUGAAUACUCCUUUGAUUCCUGGUAUGGGUUUAGAACAUGGACUUCCAGAUCAUCUCACUAAACCAAGAAAUGACAUGUCAGCAGAUGAAAGUUCCAUACCAGGACUGGGUAUUGAAAGAUCAGAUGAUUACAGAGUGCAUACAGUGCAGAAGAAAGUACCUUACGCUAAACCAAUUCCUGCCCAGUUCAAAAGACAGUGGGAGCAACAGAAAGAGGCACCAUUGCUUGAAAGGGAGAAGGAAGUUGAAAAAGAGCUACUUAUGGCAGGACAGAUGCAUCCUGGUAAUGCUCCGAUCAUACCCUCGUUUGAACAAGGUAAACAGAUGGCCAUGCAGAUGCUCCUUAAUCAAGGUGGUAUACCGCCACAAGGACAGAUGCAAGGACCUCCACCACUCAUGUCAACGCCUACUCAGCCUCCUAUGCUCAGAGGGCAAAAUAUGGGGGGGUCCCAUUACCCUGGGCAAUCCUCAAUGCAGCAUAAUAUGCAACAGCAAGGCAUGGGACAAAUGGACGUUGAUGAACCACCUCCCCCACCACCACCUUUGCAAGGGGAUGACCGAAUUGGUCAAGGGCACUUCCCGCAAGACCAGGACAUGAGGCAAAUGCAACAUGAUGAUCCACGCCACAGACGAAACCCGCAGCAGCAGAGGUACCAACAGGAUAAUUACCGUGGUGAAACUGAUUUUGCUUCCAGAGAUGUUGAUAUGAGACAAGAAGCAGGAUUUGAUGGCAUGCCACCGCCUGCACCACCUCAAGAUGAGGACUUGCGUAACAGAAGGUUUGACCAUCAAGAGCAAUGGGGAGCACCUCCUAGAGACUUUGAUGAACGUCGACAUUUUGGUAAUAUGAGGCCUGAAUUUCCGAAGGACUUUGAUGAAAGGCAGGAAUUUCAAGGUCAUGACCCUAGAGGUUUUCGGGGAGGUAGGAAUAGAGGUCGUGGAGGACGAGGACGUGGGGGAUCAAUGGAAGGACAUGAUAGAUCAAUGGAAGGGCAUGGUCCACCAGUAGACGAUAGGAGUGGGUUGUUGCCCACUCCGGAUGAACUUAGUGGGAGGGGAUAUAACCCUCGUGGAAGAGGUGGACAUGCUCCUUCAAGAGACCAGGAAGAUCAAAGCAGACACGGAAGAGGAGGCGGCCAUUCAACGUCAUCGAGAGACCAAGAUGAUAGACAUCCCACACCAGAAUUUUUUUCGGACUAUGAUGAACGUUCACAUGGCCCACCAAGCAACCAGUCACAUGAUAACAAACCUCCGUCGUUACUUGAUUUACCUACCUUGCCACCUCCUCCACAAAACCCAAAGCGCUCAUGGGGAGAAGUGUCCGGUGAUGAAAACGCCGGUGGUACCGAUCCUCGGUCAAGAAAUCGAGAAGCAGGGUCACCUAGAGGUAAACUUGGGAGAUUUAACGAUGAUGAUGAUCAGUUUACUAACCCAGGGGCCAGAUCCUUUGUGCCAGGCAGCAGAGAGAAUAACGACAGAGGGGAGCUACGGCAGAGAGGGAGAAGUGAUCGUGGAAGAGGUGGAAGUGAUCGAGGGAGAGGAAGUGAUCGAGGAGGCAGAGGAAGGGGUAGAGGUAGAGGUGGAAGAGGACAGAGAGGUGGAGGACCACCCAGUAGAGGUCCUGGUAGAGGAGGUAGAGGGGGAAGAGGUGGGAGAUAAACUUUAGUCUUUAAUUUGUAGCACAGAUUUAAACGGUUCUGUAAAACCUGGAGGGUUCUUACUUUUGAAAAGGUGUACUAUACAUAUAUUUUGUAAUGAAGUUUAAUA